AGCCCUCCAACCCCACAGAGAUAUUGGGGUGCUGGGGGACACGUGGGGAUGGGGCGCAUGGGGACGGGGGGGGAGCGUGGGGAUGUGGGGACAUGGAAAGGUCCUGGGGGACAGUGGGGAGAUGGGGCAGCUGUGGGGCAGCUGUGGAGCAGUGCUAUGGGGCAGUGCUGUGGGGCAGCUGUGGGGCAGUGCUGCGGUGCCACAGCCGGGCGUUCACCCGUUUCUUCCCAGUUCUGUUCCCCAUUCUGCCCAUUUCUGCUUCCGUUCCUCACCCAUUCCGCUCCCAUUUGACACUUUGCUGCCCAUUAUUGCUGCCCAUUUCUGUCCAUUAUUGCUGCCCAUUUCUGCCCAUUAUUGCCCAUUUCUUGCUGCCUGUUCCCUGAUGUUCCACUCCUCCCAUUCUCUGCCACUCUGUUUUGGACCAUUUCUCUCAAUGUUAUUCCAUUUCUUUUCCCACCUUCUGCCCAAUCCAAUUCCCUCCCAUUCUGACAAUUCCUGCUCCUUUUUGUCCAUUUCUUUUCCUUCUUGCCAUUUUUCUCUUUUUUGCCUAUUUCUGCCUCCUUCCUCCUCUGUCCAUUCUGUCCAUCUCUCCCUAUUUCUGCACAUUUUCCCUUUUUCCCCAUUUCCACCCAUUCCCUUCAGGUCUUUUCUGCCCGUUCCCCCCAUUGCAGUUCCCCCUCCCGUCCAUUUCUUUCCAUUUCCCCCUUUUCUCCCCAUUUCCUUCCAUUCCUUUCCCUCUUUACCCAUUUCUGCCCCUUUUCCCCUUAGCCCCAACCUGGGACCCCCCAACCCAUUGGGGCAGCGGGGCUCUGUGCCCAAGGGGGUCCGGGGAUCCCAGAGUCCCCCAGUGCUGCUCUGCCCGCUCUCUCCAUCCUGCUCCAGUCCCAUCGCUUUGGGCCCGUUUCCCUUUGUCCAUCCCCAUUCCUGCCUAUUUCUGACAACUGCUCUCCAUUUGGUGCCAUUUCUGUCACUUCUGGUCAUCUUUGCCCAUGGGGACACAGGGGACAUGGGGGGAACUGGGGGCGUGGGGACAUGAGGUGUAGAACUGGGGAUGCUGGGCAGCACCAUGGGGCAGCACCAUGGGGCAGAGCUAUGGGGCGGUUGUGGGGCAGAGUUAUGGGGCAGACCCAUUUGGCUUUUGCCCUUUUUUGGCUCUCUCGGCCCUUCCCCUUCUAUGGGGCUCUGUGGGAUUCUUGGAGACUUAAUGGGGCUCUAUGGGGUCUGUGCAGGUCUGUGGGGCUCUGUGGGGUCUAUAGAGCUCUAUGGGGCAAUAUGGACUCUGCGGAGGCUAUGGGCUAUAUGGGUCCCCAUGGGUUUCCCCUGCCCCACAGCUCUGCCCCACAGCUGCAGUUCUGCCCUCGACGUGGACUCUGCUGUGGCCUUUGAGGGUCCUGGUUCCUUCGGCGUCAGCGUGGCACAGAGCGACGAUGGGGUGCUGGUUGGGGCUCCCCUGGACUUGGGGGGCCGAGGCCGUGUCUAUCGAUGCCGCGUGGGGGAGAAGAGUUGCAGGGAUGCAGGCGUUGGCGACCCCCCGGAUAUGGGUCCCAUGGCACUGGGAAUGUCCAUGGCUGCCAACGGAUCCAAGCUCCUGGCCUGUGGCCCGAUGGCGCAGCGGAUGUGUGGGGAGAACGCGGAGGUUCCGGGGUUCUGCUUCCUCCUCUUCUCGAGACGCUCCCUACCGACCACCCCACGAGCUUGCCCCACAUCGGCCUCCGACAUCGUGUUCCUGAUGGACGGCUCUGGCAGCGUGGCAGGGUUUGACUUCCAGCGGAUGAAGAUAUUCGUCAUCGAAAUCAUCAGACGCUUCCGUGGGACCAACACCCGCUUCGCAGUGGUGCAGUUCUCCACCGGCGUGCAGCUGCACGUGGGCUUCUCCGACUUCGACCGCCUGUCGGCGCGGGAUCUGGAGCGGCAGGUGGAGGAGGUGGAGCAGAGCAACGGCAUCACGCAGACCGCCACCGCCAUCCGCACCGUGCUGACGCGGGUGUUCGCGGGGAGCCGCGCGGGGGCCAACAAAGUGCUGAUCGUGGUGACGGACGGGCAGAAGUACGGCGACGCGCUGCAAUACGGCGAUGUCAUCCCGGAGGCUGAGCGCGCCGGGGUCGUCCGCUACGCCAUCGGGGUGGGCAGCGCCUUCAAGGAUGCCAAGGCGGCCGCGGAGCUGCAGACCAUCGCCUCGGCCCCCCCCGAGGCACACGUCUUCCGCGUGGACAACUUCGAGGCGCUGCAGGGAAUCCAGGAGCAGCUGCAGGAGAAGAUCUUCGCCAUCGAAGGGACCCGCCCAGCCUUCGGGAGCUCCUUCCAACUGGAGAUGGCCCAGGAGGGCUUCAGCACUCUGCUCACCCCUGAGGGGGCGGUGCUGGGAGCAGUGGGCGCCUAUGACUGGGCCGGAGGGGUCUUCAUCUAUGGGGCUGAUGGGAAGGUUGCCUUCGUCAACGCAUCCGAAGCGGACGGGGGUGUGAGCGACGCAUACUUGGGUUACGCCACUGAGUCUCUGUCCCUGGGGGGGCUCCGGGCACUGGUGCUGGGGGCCCCCCGGUAUCGCCACGUGGGCCGCCUGCUCCUCUUCGUGCUCCACCGUGGGGGGAAGUGGGAGCUGCGCUCUGACGCCAUGGGGCGGCAGGUGGGCUCCUACUUUGGGGCAGCGCUCUGCGCUCUGGAGGGGUCAGGGGAUGGCGUGGCACUUCUGGUGGGGGUCCCCAUGUUCUAUGGGGACGGCACUGGUGGACGUGUGGAGGUUUGCACGGUGCUGCCACAGGGCCCUGUGCUGCGGUGCCAUCAGAUGCUGCGGGGUCAGGCCGGACACCCGCUGGGGCGCUUUGGGGCCAGUGUUGCUCGCCUUGGGGACAUCGAUGGGGACGGACUGCACGAUGUGGCCGUGGGUGCUCCCAUGGAGGAUGAUGAGCGCGGUGCCAUCUACAUCUUCCGUGGGGAGAAGGGCGGUGUCAGUGACCACUACAGCCAGCGCAUUGCAGGCUCCAUAUUCCACAGUGCCCCACAGCACUUUGGGCAGGCGCUGAGUGGGGGGCGCGACAUGACAGGGGACAGACUGCCGGAUGUGGCCGUGGGCGCACAGGGACAGGUCCUGCUGCUCAGGUCCCCGCCGCUGCUGAAGGUUGAGGUGACGGUGACCUUCAGUCCCCCGGAAAUCCCAACGUCUGCCCUCGACUGCCACCGGGCAGAGGAGGAGGAGCCGAGCGCCGCUGGAGCUGCGGCGGUGGCCACGGCCGAAGUCUGCUUCGUCGGCACCAAGAAGAGCCGUGACAGCUUAGGUGAGGGCGCAGGGUGCGGGGCCGCCGCCCAUCGGCCACCCACGGGACCUCCCCAGCCCCUCCGGGCGCCCUCAGAACCCUUCGAGUCCCACGGCUCCCCCCGGCCCGUCCCAGACGGCGUCGCGACGCACCGAGCCCCGCGGCACCGCCAACCCCCUCCCGCCGCCCCCCAACCCGCCGCGGCUCGCCGCGCCCGCAGCGCCGGAUGGGAGGGAUGGAUGGGGAUGGAGGUGAUGGGGUUGGAUGGAAUGGAGAUGGUUGGGAUGAGUGGAGAAGGGAUGGAUAUUUGGGACGGACAUUGGGAUGGAUGGAGACAUAGGAUGGAUGUAAAGGUUGGGUUGGAAACAUGGGAUGCGUGGAGAGACAGGAUGGAAGUAUGGGGGAUGGAGGGAUGGGAUGGAGGGCUGGGGGAUGGAGCAGAACAGAUGCAGUUGGGGCGUGCACUGGGAGGUUGGGAUGGAGGCCCGUGCGCCGGCCCCCAGCUGCCCUUCGAGAAGAACUGUGGUGAGGACAACCAGUGUGUGCCCGACCUCCGCGUGGCCCUCAGCUUCUCAGGGCUGGAGGAGCUGGUGGUGGGCAUCACUGAGGACGUCACCAUCACCGUCACCGUGCACAACGUCGGGGAGGAUGCCUAUGGGGCCCACGUGGAGCUGCGGCACCCCAAGGCACUCUCCUACCGCAAGGCCACCGCGCUGCAGCCCCACCGCAGGUCCCUGGCACAGCACUGCAGCUCAGUGUCUCCAGGAGGUGGGCACAUCCUCUGCAACAUCAGCCACCCCGUGCUGUGGGCUGGCCAGCAGCUCGUGUUCGCUGUCACCAUGGAUGUGCCCCACGAGGCUGAGCUGGGGGACAGAGCAGAGGUGGUGGCGUUGGCCAGCAGCGUCCCCCCACCCGUGAGCUCCCCUCAGGCACGUGCUGAGCUCCCGGUGCUGUACAGCGUCGUGCUGCUGCUCACCAGCUCUCCGUCGUCCACGCGCUCGGUGCCCGCAGGACAGACGGCGCUGCAGCACCGCUACCGGCUGGAGGCGCAGGGCGCGCGCCGCCCCAACGGCAGCGCCGCCAUCCGGGUGCCCAGGGCGCUGCGCGGCGCGGACCUCUGGGAGGAGCUGCGGGUGGAGGGGCCGCAGCCAUGUGCCUCUGCCUCAAAUUCCUCGGGUGUUCAGGACCCCAACCCUCUCCUGCGGCAGAACCCGGUGGUGGAUUGCAGCGUGGCCGCCUGCUGGGAGUGGCACUGUCCGUGGGGCGGUGCGCUGCCCCCCGGGGGCGUGGAGUUCAGCGUUGUGGGGCAGCUGCGGCGAGACUGGGUGCAGCAGCUGCCCCUCCCCCACGUGGAACUGCAGAGCUCCGUUCAGCUGCAGCCCGAGGGGGGGCGCUACCGGAAUGUGGGCCGGGACCGCCUGGAGGUCCGCACGGAGCUCCGCCCUGCAGCCCCCCCGGUGCCGCUGGGCGCCACGCUGGGCGCGGUGUUGGCGGGGCUGCUGCUGGCGGCCGCGGCGGGAGCGGUGCUGCGGAAGGUCGGCUUCUUCCGGCGGCACUACAAAGAGAUGCGGGAGGAGGGAGCCGAGGGGGGAGGGGCCGAGGGGGGCGGGGCCGAGGGGGGCGGGGGAGGAGCUCAGAAAGAAUGAGGGGGGAGGAUAGGGGGUGGUUGUGGGGCUGGAGAACGCUGUGGGGUUGCUAUGGAGAGAUGUGUGGCUGCUACCUAUGGGAAUGGUUGUGGGGUUGGUGAAUGCCAUGGGGCUGCUAUGGGGAGAUAUGGGGCAGCAAUGGGGCUGGGUGUGCUGUGGGGAGGAUUGGAGCAGAUGUGGGGCUGGGGAGCAUCGCUGUGUGGGGCUGGGGCUGCUAUGGGGCUUGGGAUUGCUUUGGGGCUGAGAGCGUUGUAGAGCCACUGUGGGGAGAUAUGGGGUGGUUGGGGGUCUUGGUGCGGAGUCAGAGCCUGCUGUAGGGCCACCCCAUUGCUCUGUCAGCAAUAAAUGUCACUGCCCCACAG